GUAGAAUGUUUCACGUUUCACAUCGCCUGGAUUUCCCCAUCGAUUCAUCGGCCAGCUACCACAGCGCAUGCUUUCGUGAUCUUAACAUUACAACAAUUUGAUAUAAACUUAUUUAAAUAUAACAACUUUCACUUCCAAUUUAUAACAUUGACAACAAUCUUUUAGAACAAUCUUUUGCGGUGCGUGUUUUUGUGUUAAAACAGUUGAUUUAGUAGUAAUUGGAUUAUCAUUUGUGAUAAAUCAGGUCAGUAGGCUUUCUGGUGGAUUGAAGAUGACAAGUGUCGGAGAUAUUUUAGAUUAUAAGAAGAAGGAAGACGAAGAUUAUUAUUCUAUUUUGGGCUGCGAUUCCAGUUCCACUAUAGAGCAAAUAAAUGCUGAAUAUAAAGUGAGAGCUCUACAAUACCAUCCUGAUAAAAAUUCUGGCGAUAAAGAGGCAGAACAGAAGUUUCAGUUACUAAAAGAAGCGAAAGAAAUAUUGUGUGAUCCUGAAAGAAGAGCAAAUUAUGACAAAUGGAGAAGUAGUGGCAUCGCUAUCAGUUACAAGCAGUGGUUAGGAAUGAAGGAGCAUGUACACCAGUCGAUGCACUGGAGCAAUCCAAAAACCAAAGAUCGUAUGCUAGAAUCGGGGGGUAAUUCUGGACCUUCAAGCUUGGGGGCAAUGGGUACUUCACCGGCACAUCGUCGAGCUUCUGAAGGCGGUGCAAAUCUUCACUGGGGUGGACGUGGUGCAGGAUCAGCUUGGGGCAAAGAUCCUCCAAGCGAAGUUGUUAGUAAAUUUCGAAAUUAUGAAAUCUAAAUUAUCAAUUCCUUAUCAUUUGUUCUCAUAAAAUAUCACAAAUUUGAAGAGUAUUAUGUUUAAAGUCCUAAAUCAAAGCACAUUAUAUCAAAAAUACUGUCCCACGUGGAAAAACGAUAGUUUAUUCCACUAUACAAUUAUUUAAAAUGAUAAAAUAAUUUUUUUUUCUUAAAUUUGAGUCUAGAAACUCAAGCAAUAUGUGAUUGGCUGACAACCACUGGAUUUAAGCUGAUUUUAGUUCACCCUAUUGUUUAUUUUAUAUGAUCAGAAACAAAAUAUCCGUAUUGAUUCCAAACUUAUCAUUAUCACAACAAAUUAUGAAGAAAAUGUGUUGCUAAGAUGUCGUGUUUUUGGAUCCAAACUUAUACAGAAGCUGGAGUCAAGUAUUUGUACAUUCUCUGGCUAAUGUCUGUCUAAUCUUCAAGUUUUACACUUAAAUAGUUUUUUAAUGACUAUAUAUUAACUGUUUACUUUUGCUCUAGGCAGAUCCACACACAAAUUCAUAACUACCCUAUACAGUUGCUACCUGCUUUAAAAUCAAAUUUUAUUGAAUUAUCUAGAAGCGAUCUCGACCCUUGGCCUAACAGUUCAAUGCCCUACAAAACCCUCACAAAAAUAUUAAAAACAGUAUGCUGAGAAAUAAUAGUUGUCGUUCACGGUAAUAUAUAUAUAGAUUGAGGAAAUUUGUAGUUAUCUGUCUUCAUCGAUUUCCAAAAAGCUUACGAUACUGUGAAAAGAAACCAUUUGUACAGCAUUAUGAACGAUCUUAGUAUUCCAAAAAACUUAUAACCUAGAAAAACGAAGGUAAAGGCAAAUUAAAAAAUAUCAAAAUGUUUCCAGACCAACACUGGACUAAAACAGGGAGAUAUCGGAAUACGAGCUUAAGGAAACCUACAGAACCUUCAUAGAAAUGGCAGAGACAGUGAAUCUACGAGUCAACGAAGAUAAAUCGAAGUUCAUGAUAAUGACAACACCACAAAGAAAAAGAGCAAUCAAAAGUUUGCCAAUACAACUGAACGAAAAAAGGCAAUAAGCUUAGACCAAGUUGUAUCUUGGGGUGGUUAUCAAGGUCGAAGGUGACGGGAUAGAAAAUCUGGAAGCGGGGAUGACGAAGGGAAGUAAACAAUUGGGAGCGCUGAAUGCGAAAGAUCACAAAAAAUCUCCAAAAAGGCGAAGCUGCAUCUAUACAAAACAAUAAUAAAACCAACAGUGAGCUGUGGAGACGAAACGUGGAUUCUUGAUAAAGCAGAGGGAGAAAAACUAGAUAUAUGAGAAAGAAAAAUACUUCGAAGGAUACCAGGUGAUAAAGGAAAUCAAAUAAUGAAUUGAGGAAUCUAUUUGGAGGAGCAGAACUAAGCAAAAUAAUAACAUCCAAGAGAAUAGAGUGGCUGGGUCGCAUACAGAGAAUGUCAGAUUUUAGAACAACAAAAAAAUUAUGAACAUAGGGAGAAACAAGAAAAAAAGGAAGACCAAGGAAAAUACGGUACGCAGAGGUGAUGGAAGUCCUAAGAGAGAGAGAGGAAUUUAGGACAAGAAAGCGAAAGCAAAAAAUAGGAAAGAGUCUAAGGAAAUUACUUCCAUGCUGUGAGCCUAAAAGGUCUGCGUAUAUAUUCACUAUAAAUUUUCAAGAACCAAAGCUUAAUAGUCUGUUUGUUGUUCGUCUUUAGUUAUAUAAUUUUAUCUAUUAACUGUAUCGUAAUGUUACAUUAACCGAAAACUGAAAAAUUUGUACUCUCAAAUUAAUUUCUGGCCAAAAUUAACGAACCACUUCAAUAAAUAUAAAUAUUUACAAUAUAAACACAUAAUAAAAAUAAGUGAAGAAGGAUAAAUUCAUACUUCUUAUCAUUGCAUUCAUGCGUCGCGGCAUGCUUGUUAUCAAAUGUUCAACAAAAGCUUACGGUAUAUUCUCUUGUUCUUCUUCUUCUUCCUCUUUUAAUAUGACCAGGUCCUGUUCAAUCAUGUACGUUUGGCCCUCUUCUUGGAUCUUCCUGAGAAGCUGAACUCCAGCUCUCGUACCACCUCUUGGUGGUCUGCUUAUAGGUCUGCGAGUAUUCGGUCUCUGAGUUUUAGCCCAUUUUGCCCAUCUGUCUUCUGGCAUUCUUUCUACGUGAUCCCUGCAGAAUCUUUUUCUUGCCCUGACCACAUCCUUUACGCCCAAUUCUUCUUGUAUGUCAUCACUCCUUAAUCGGUCCCUGAGGGUGACUCCCUUGUUGGUUCGCAGUAUUUUGAUCUCUGUGGUUCUCAUUAUUCUUUUUGUUGUUGAUGUCUCGGCUCUGGUUUCUGAGGCAUAUAUGUGAAUAGGUCUCACACACGUUUUAUAGAUUCUGGUCUAGCUCUGUGUUUAUAUUCUCCUAUUCUUCAAUAACGACUUCUAUGAGUUGGUUGUGAUUAAAAACCGUAGGACGAUGACUUUAAUUCCUGUUUUUGAGAUAUUCUCAUAGAUGAUUCACAUUCAGACUGUUAGGUGGCUAUUCUAAUAAAGAGAUAUUGAUAUCAUGUAAAUAACUUUUCUAGCCACGUGGGGAUGAGCAUUCUCCCGAAUGAAUAAAAACUUAGGUCCAACAAACGGAGCAAUGUUCGACAAUAAUGUUGUUAAAGUAAUAUUGGGCAUUCAUAAACCUCGUAUGUAUAGAGACCAAUACCGUACGAGCAUCGAAACAAAUUCCUCCCCAAAACAUUUUAGAGCCAUCAUCAGAAGAAGGCACUUAAGGAAAGAUAUUACAGCUGGCAAACCUUUUUCCUUGCCUCCGACAAACACGCUCACGUCCAUCUGGAACUUUAAUAUCUAGUUUCAUCGGAGAAUUCUGAUGUAGUCUUACAAAAUUUAAUCUCUUUGUCUUUGUGUUCUCUGGUAAGUAAGAAUUUUUUGGCUGGUCUUCUGUUGCUUAACCCUGCUUCAUAUAAACGUCUUUUAAUCGUUCGAGUCGAUAUAAGGAUAUUUCGAACAUCUGAUAAUUCAUUUCUUAUCAGAUUGCUGGUAACUUUGCUGUUUCUCAGAGCACGUUGUCUCAAAAAAACGAUCAUCAUCAUUUUGUUUAGUUUUCGCCCUUAGACUGUACUAUUGUACAAAUGGAAAUAUGUUAUUUGUAUUGAAUUAUCGUUAUUCAUAUUAUAAGAUUCAUUGAAAUUCUUAUAAUAAAUCUUGUCUUUUCAAAUAAGAUAUUCACUGAACUUGCUACAAUACUACGUAAUCCAAUUUUCCAUCUGAUCGUAUGCAACCAUCUUAACGUUAAAUCAUUUUGUGCUCUAAAUAUAAGCAACCAAUACAACACAUUUAUUCAGGGUACUACCACUCGUUAUAUAAUAUUAGGUUCAAUUCCUAUGUAAGACUUUCAGUGCUUUUAUGUGUACUAUUUCUUUGAGCAAAUAAUCUUUCAAAAAUUAUCCUAAUUAUUUAUGCAUAUAUUGAGUCAAUCAUAUAUUGCCAAAAUAACUAUUUAAAAUAUUCUGCCCAUAUAUAUAGUGGUUGAAAAAAAAAAACUAUUAAUGUAAACAGUUUUUACUAAUAAAAAGCGAUGACUAUUUAUAAAUCGAUUUAAGACUUAAUUGUGUUACAAACACAGUUUGAAAACAAAUAAUUUUUGUCUUAUUUUUGUUUUGUUAAUCUGACCACUGUAUGUACCAAUACUCAAAAUAUAUAUCUAUUUAAAAUAUAAGUAUAUUUGGGAAAUGCAUGUACUUUUCUAAGCCCUUUACAAAUAUGUAGAUAUUCACCCUGUAAUAGAUCACUACCUACUCUAUGGGUAGUUACUCUAGACAGAACUUUUGUGUACAGAAUCUUUAUAAAUAUUAUGCGAAUAUUUCUUUACGAUACUUUAGUUUCUUUUGAAAAUUCUGCUACAAAAUUAACCGAAAAGUUUUUCGUUAAUGAAAUGAGUUCGCCAAGUUUGGAAGUGUGUUUUGAAAAGAAAUUAUUGAGCGUUGAAUUUUGAUAUAUAUUAGAUUUUGUAGUAUAAAAAUAUAUAAUAAAACUUCUUUCAUCUUCAUGGUUCCGCGCUCAUAAAAGUUCAGGUCCUUAUCAGGAAGAAAGUGAACUAGGUGCGAUUGAAGGUCAUCGUAAUUUCUGGGAGUUUGACCAUUAAAAUAAUUCUGCAAACUUCGAAAUAAAUGGUAAUCAGAUGGUGCCAGAUCAGGGCUGUAUGGUGGAUGUGGCAUCACUUCCCAGCCAAACUUCAACACUUAACCUUUCGAUUUGACAAUUCCGGCCGUUUAUCUUUGAUUGUUUCAUCCAGUUUCAUUAAUUGUUGAAAGUAAAUAUCAGAAAUGAUCGUUUAGUUCAUUUGAGGCAUCUCUAAAAACUCAAUAACUUUGUAAUGCCACCAGACUGACAGCAUGUACUUUUCUUGUUUGUUUUUCGACUUUCGAUGUGGUUUGUGCUGGUUCGUGAUCGUUUUCGAACUAUGUUACUCUACAAGACCCAUUUUUCAUCACCAAUGAUGAAUGAAUUUAUUUCAAUUCGUGAGAUACCCAAAUAUCAAGUUUCUUAACUAGCCCAAGACAUUUUAAGUGUUUUUUAAUUGUUGGGUGCGAUACAUGUAGCCUCUUCGCAACCUCUCGAACAGUUAUAUGACAAUCCUUUCCAAUUAUGACUUUGAUUUGAUCAUCAUCAACUUCAGGCCGACUAGAACUUUGCUCGUCUUUGCGGGAAAAAUCUCCAGAACGUAAUUUUUUUUAUUAUUUCUUUGUGAGCCGGAGCAGCUCUCUUUCCUUUAUUGAAAUAAAAACGUAAAAUAUUCCGAAAAUGUUCGUUUCUGCAUUCCAUUUAAAAUUAUCCUACAACUAAAAGUUUUAAUAAAAAUCACGCACUAAUUGCUUCUGAAGUUAUGUCAUGUCAUUUAAAUAACUUAUGUUACUAAGAUAAUGCCGACUGUAGGCUGAAGAGUGCAUAGGUCUUUCGCAUAAUAAUAAUAAAUUAAAUUUAAAUUAAUAAAUAAAGGUAGUGGGCCUAGCUCAAUUAAUUUUAUAAAAGAAUGUUUUCUUCACAAAUAUUCACGAUUUUGUUCUUGAAAAUAGUCUUGUUAAGAACUUUCUCGAUAAUGAAAAAGUAAUUAUUGCCAUUUAACUCAGAUAAACGCUGCAAAUUUCAGACAUGGGUUGAUUAAUUUCAGAUAAACUUCAAAAAAAUCUUAAAAUUUAAUUCUUAAUCAAAAGUUUUUCAUAAUUUUUGCUAGCCGGAAAAAUUUUCAAAAAAGAUUUAAUAAAAAAUGCUAAAUCAGCGAAAAUACAAAAUCAACUUGACUUUGUAUUAUCUGCUUGAACCGCUUAUGAAUCAUUAGGAUAUAGUUUCUUUAAUUCAAAAACAUUUUAAAUUAAAUUUACCCCUAAUUUUUUAAAGAUUUUUUAAAAAAUAUUCAUUUUUUAUAUUAUUAUUUUGAUAAGUUAAAUUUCAAUCAAAAUAUAGGGUUAUUUUCAACAUUAAAAAAAAUUUUGUUAACCAAAAGUAGCUUUUGUAUAGAAUUUUGAGUUUAUUGAAAUUGAUUUCAAUAUUUAAUAAAAUUAAUUUUGAUUUAUGAAGCUAAAAUCGUCAUAAAUUAAUUAAAUCAUUUUAUAAUUUGCAUUCCAUAAUUAUUUUUCAAAUUUGAGUUGCUUUGUAAAGAUAGAGAAUUAAAUGGAUGAAUUACUAAUAAUUAUUUGUACAUAUCAAAGCCUCUACAGAGGUUAUAUUUAAAAUUUGACUCAAAGGUCCUGGAUAAAGUAAACUACAUGAAAACCAAUAAAUAUUUUUUGAUAACUGAUGGUGAUCUAUUACUUUAAGAACGUGUUAUUGUGAAACUUUUUAGAUAUUUUUUGUUGAAUAAAUUUUCUUCAUUUUUGUUCUGUUUUAUUGAAUGGUGUGUUUAUCUAUACAUUUUUAUAAAAGAACAAAAAUCGAGACAAUUUAUUCAAGAAUUAUUUAUUAUUAUUCUGAUCAAACACGGAUACAACCAUUCAUUCUACAAGAAAGUGUAACCUCAUGUAUUAAUCGUAUAUGUAUAUCAAAUAAUAGGUGUUAAAUGUUAUAAUAGUAUCUUUUCGGUAUACAAAUUUCAUCGGCUUUUCUUUGGUACCGAUCUGUUAAUCCCACUACUUUCAGACAAUUCCAAAUGUGGGAUGCUCCAGCUCCUAAAAAUCUUCAGUUUUUAUUUCUGCUCCUGGGUGUAAUGUCAUGAAGUUCCUAAGUCUGUAGCACACUAAAAAAUUUGGACAAAGAUUUAGUCCUCUAUGAAUGACAAGACGGAAUAUCAGUUGGCGAAAAUAGGAUCAACAAUCAACAAACCAUACUGGCAAUAACAGAAAGUAUGACCAGACUGUCUGUUAUCGGCGAAAAAUAUGGCUUAAAAAUAAGUUAAUCCAAAACUACGAAGUGGUAAACAACACUGGAAAAUGCGAAAACGAAAAGACAAUUGCAAGAUCAGCAGCUACCAAGUUAAAUAAAAUCUGGAAAGACAAACCUAUGAAGAAAACAACGUCUAGUUGAUGCUCUAUUGCAACGUAGCAAUAGCAACUUUAUGAAAGUACUAGAGUACUUUUCAUCUACGUAUCAAAAGUAAUUAUUAGAAGUAUAAAGAUUGAUUAAGAAUUGAAAUAAUUGAAAGAAAGUAAUAAACUAAAAGAGAGAUUGAUUCAUUUUUGACGUAAUGGAAUAAAUACUAAGCACUAAUAAAAGGAACUUAUCUUUAUUUUCCAAAAAAGCCGAUGUCUUCUGGUAUAUAGAAAAGAAAAAAUAUGUUUCCCACUAUUCCGUGUUUGUUUCUGAAACUUUUUAUCAAAUGCCAAGCAAAGAGUGAUAACUGGAUAAUUUCCAGUAUAACCCAUAGCACUUCUCAACCACAGAUUAUUCUUCGAAAUUAACUAGAAUUUCAACGUUAAAUUAACAUGAAUUAUAUUUCAAAAAACUAAUAACUUUCAAAAACUCUUGUUCUCGAUAACAAUAAGAUGAAGCGAAUAACUGUUUGAGCAAAUCUAUGGAAGAGUUUGGAUGAACGAGUUUAUUCAAUGGCCAAACAAAUUAUUCUGGAGAUAUUCCAUAAAAACCAGUACCAACUGUUGAAGCAGGGUAUGCACAACUUUCCAUAUCUUCAAUCCUGUUGAAUAGAUGUAUUUUGAUAUAUGUUUAAAUUAUACCUAUUAGAUAUAGAUAUAAAUGAAUGUUGAAUCCAAUAAAUAUUUACUGUGAA